AUGCCCCCGGUCCGCUCCACCCCCCCCCCACCACCCUCUACGCGGCCCCCCGACGUCGGGGACACGCACCCGCCUCCCUUCCCCCCACUCCAGCCCCCCGCCAACCCAACCUACCCCAUCCACCUCUGCCCCCCUCCUCUCCCGUCCCCCCCCUGCUCCCCACGAUCCGACACCGAUCCCCCCCUCCCACCGCGAUCCCGAAUCCCCCCCCCCCCCCACCGCCUCCCUCCCCAUUCCUGGACCCUCGCCGCCAGCACCCCCCUCACCGGACCCACCCUCGCCCCCCGGUCCCCCAAGCGCCCCCCCCCCCCCCCGCCCCCCCCCUGUCCCCCCCCACCACUCCUCUUACCCCGACGACUCCCCCCUCCCACCCCCCCCCCCUCGCGCCCCCCUCCGCCCCCGCCGCAGGCCCCCCCUAGUCCCCCCCCCACGCCCUGCCCACCCCUUCUCGCCGCGCCCCCGUCGUCGUCCCCCCCCCCCCCCCCGACCCUAUCCCUCUCACCUAACCCCCCCUGCCCCCCCCCCGCGCCCCCCACUCCCUGGCCCGCGCGCCCCCCUCCGUACCCGCAGUCGCCUCCGCGUGUCCCCUUCCCUGUCGCCCACCCGUCUUAUCACCCCACCAGCUCCCCCCCCCCUCUCCCACUCCUCCGCCGCCCCCCGCCCCCCCCCGCUGCCGCCCCCCCCCCAACACCCCUCCCCCGCCUCCCCCCCUCCUGGCGCUCUUCCCACCGAUCCCCCUCCCCCCCCACGUCCCUGCUGCCCCCCCUCUCCUCCGCGCACCCUACCCCCCCCCUUCCCCACGCACUCCGGCCCACCCCCUUCACCCUCCACCCCCCUCCCCCUCACCCUGCCCCCCCUCCCUCCCCUCCCCCUGACCCUCAGCCCCCCUCCCCCCCCAACCCUGUCCGCCCCCCCACUAUCCGCCCUCUGCGCCCCUCCACCCCCCCCCCCCUCAGCCCUCCCUCCCCGCCCCCCUCUUCAACGUCUACCACCCCCCUAGCCAAGCUCCCGCCCCCCCGGCCCCCCGCUGGCCCCCACCCCCCCACCCCCUGCCCGCCCCCCCCCCCCCUACCCUCCACCCAACCCAGUCCGCUACCUGCCGCCUCCCGUCCUCCGCGGUCCUCCCCCCAAUACGCUACCCACCUUUCCCCCCCCCUCCUCCCACCACCCCCCGUUACUCACGCGCCCCGCCUUUCCCCACCCCUCCCCCACCCUCAUCCCUCUCCCUGCCCUCACCUGCCCCCCCACCCCCGCCCCCCCCCCACCCCUAUCCCCCUCGCCGCCCCCUCCCGCCUCCACUUGGCCCCCCCCGCCCCCCCCCCCCCCCACCCUUCUCCCCACCCCGACCCCCCCGUCCCCGUCCCCCCUCUCCCUGCUCCCCCUCCAGCCACGGCACAGUCCCCCUGCCGACCGCCACCCUACCCGCCUCUGUCCCCCCCCCUCAACUUUCCCGCCCCCCCCCCAACCCCAACCCCCCCCCCGACCCACCUCCCCGAGCUCCCCCCCGCCGACGCCCCCCGCCCCCCUCCCUACCCCUCCCUCCCCCCCCACCCCCGGCACCCUUCGCCCCCCCCCGCCCCCUCCCCCCCCCAUCCCUUCCUCCCCUCAUCCCCCCCCCCCACCCCCCAGAAUCCAGCCCCCCUCCCCGCCCCCCCUCCAUCUCUGGCCCACCCCCCCAAACACUCCUCGACCCCCCCCCCCCACCGCCACCCCACGUCAGCCCCCAUUCGCCCCCCCUUCCCCCUUCCCCCCACUGCCCCGUUAUACCCAGCCCCCCUUCGCCUUCCGACAUCGCCCCACCCACGACCCAGCUCCCCCUCUCCCAGCUCGCCCCCCCCCUCCCUACCACGCUCCCACUCUCCCCACGUCUACCGCCCAGCCCCCCUCCACAUGCCCCCCCUCCUGUGCCCCCCCCACACCCCCAGGCCCCAGCCCCCUCGGCACCCCCCACCCAACUCGCCCCUCAUAUGUGAUGAGCGUCAUACUCUCCUGAUUGUUGAGUCGUGA